AUUCGGGCGCCUAAGAUAAAUACUAUCGCAUUGUGCACUGUAAGUCCAUCGCAGCCCGCCGGAAGAGCAGUCUACAUCGACUCGACGAGCGAAACCGCCGAGCAUGCGCACGGCCAAGCCACGGACAAGUGCUACCUCCAACCAGAGAUUGCUCCGCGUCGGCCGCGUCAUCUCUGAAGUCCGCUCGCUUCAAGACGAUGCGCGGCUCGAGGAGGACGAUGCGACGUCGGCGCGCCUCGCUACAAUGUGGCAGGCGAACGAAGCCAAAGUCAAGGACGAUAUGAUUGAGACGCUUAGCGUCCGCAUCGCUCAGUGUACGCGCGAGAACGAGCAUCUCAAGCGGGCCAAGGCCUCGUUCGACGAAGCCCUGAGCGCCAUGGCGCGCGAGAAGGCCGAUGUCGAAGCGGCAUUUGUCCGCGCCGUGGCGUCGGCAGCAGACGAAGCGGUGUGCCUGAAAACGACCUCCACCGAAGUCAGUUGAGCGCCAACAUGGCGCAGGAUGCGCUGCAGCAACUCAGAGUCGAGCUGCAUGAGCUUCAACGACACGCCGAGCGCGACGCGAGCCUCGCCGCCCAGAGAGACGAGUCGGCGA